UGCCCAUCAGGGCCAUUGUUGAGACCAAAUGAAAUUGUUAACCAUGGAUCGCUCCCGGCGCUCACGACGGACCCAGAAUGCAUGCCAGCGAUGCCGCUCGCGCAAGGUCAAAUGUUCCGGUAUCCAGCCGUGCGAGCAUUGCCGCAGGCGGGGGCAGGAUUGUGUGUUUGAUGAGGAUCGGAAGAUUGUGAUUUCGGAGGGGUUGUUUUUGUCGAUGAAGCGAAGAUUGGAGGAACGCGACGGCCAUGUGACAAUUGACCAUAAGCGGACUCGGUUAUUGGAUAGCUCCGAGCCAGCAGAAUCAAGAGCAGAAACCACCGAAGCACGACAAUCUGAAGAACGAUUCGUAUCGAAUCCACUCGUGUCAGCUUCAUACCUGAAGCAUAAUGGACAGACACAACGCGCAUGGUUAUGUCUCGGCCCAACAUCGACAUGGUCUUUCAGUCGUCGCGUACUGAGCAUCAUUCAAACUCGCAUCCACCCCGACAGUACCACACCGAUUCCCCUCGCCGUUGAUGGAGACGCAUACCAAAUACACUGGGGCCAAGCAAGCUCCAACAAACCACCCGAUAUCAGCGGCCUCCCAUCCAUCGAUUAUGCGCUAUACAUGCUAAGCACCGUCAAGUUCCAUCUGAGCCCGAUGUACCGAUUCUUUGACGAGAAGGAGUUUCUGUGCAACUUAUAUGAGUUUUACGACAAUGCUCCUGUGAAGGCACAAGAGUCGCGACUGUGGUAUAUACAGUUUCUGAUGAUUUUGGCGUUCGGAGAGGCAUUUUUGACACCCGUGAGGACGGCAGAAAACACGGAAAACUGGACGCGGUUCUUUACUAGGGCAUUGUCGUUAUUGCCAGAUAUUACGGGGUUGUGGCAGGAUCCUAUUCUGGCAAUUGAGGUGCUUGCGUUGAUUGCGCUGUACUUUCAUUCGGUGGAUAUUAGGGACACUGCUUAUUGUUAUAUUGGUCAUGCAAUGCGCAUGGCUCUGGUGGAAGGCUGGCAUCGAGCUCUUCCUAUUGAACAACUGGGAGAAAAAAUGGUUGAGAGAUGCAAAAAUAUUUGGUGGACGAUAUACAUUCUCGACUGCCGAUUUUCCUCUUUGAUUGGGACGCCUAAUACAGUCAACGAUGAGGAUAUAACUGCUAUGCUUUGGGAUCUGAGAAACUGUUCUCAGGAAGCCGCUGCGUUGACGUUGCAUGUCAAGAUAUCCCAGGUCGUCACGCGCGUUUUGAACACUGUGUAUAGUGUGGAUGGCAAACUGGGAGGCGUCUUUCUGCGCAAGAUGCGAUCCGUCCUGCAUGAAAUGACAGAUCUCUCUCGGGAGCUUGAGAAUGUCUUCGCGCACCGUUUUCAGAAUUCAGUCGAUGCGAUCUCAGGUGUCACCACAAGGCUGACUCUGUCCUGCCAUUUGUGCAUUAUCGUAACCGUCCGUCCCCUCAUCCUCAGCCUUUUAUGGGAGCGCUUAAGCUGCCACGAAAGCGGCGACUCUUUGCGCCCAUUAUCAGCACCUGUUCGAACACUUGUACAAUCCUGCAUCGACUCCGCCAUAAAGUCCUUGCGACUGCUCACAGCCUUGCGGAACCAGAACCUACUUGAAUCCUUCCUCCCAUUUGACCUCGAGAACCUUUUCUCUGCAUCCUGGAUCUUAUCCAUGACUUCUGCUAUCCUUCCAGAUACCCUCCCCGACCACAGCUACCGCGACACAUCCUUCAGCCUCCUGGAUGACAUGAUUGAGCGUGGCAACCGCGUAGCCCAAUUCCGCAAAUCCGAAAUCGAACUUCUCGAAGAGCUAGUCCAGCCACUCCUCGUUCCUUCAACACCUUUAUCGCAUUCGGUCAUCGAGGAGCCUGAACCACUGAUAACACCGCGAAGCGAGACUGUCCCUGUAUUACACGACCUAGACGUGCAGCCUGUUGUAGCGACACCAUCUUUGACUGCUACUGGGAUACCGGAUGCGAAUGAGGAGGACCUAACUCUUGAUUGGAGAGAUUUUGGGGCAUCGUUGAAUCAAAUGUUAUCAGCCACGGAGGAGUUGGAUGCGAAUUGGGUGGAUAUGGAUGGAGGGUUGGGGAUGGAUUUGUGGUUGUGGGACAAUUGAAGAGAAUUCAACUGUUUUGGCCCAUUUUAAGGAGUAGGAGCAAUGAGUAUGGUGGCUGAAAUUUUGUCGGUACGGGGUUGUUUACCGGAAUGUGAGGAAUGCGGAGAUGAGGUCAUGUCCAGAUCUUAUACGUAGUAGUUUGAGCAAGGACUGUUUGCUUACCAGUCGAGUGUUUAAUACUCAAUUCUGAGAAAUUUAGC